AUGAAGGAACCAAGCUCUGCAAUAAUACCCUUCUUUGUCUCAUUCCUUUUGCUCUGCAGUACGGUUCAUUCUAUCCUUCCUUUCUGUGCCAGUCUCGAUCCACCAAUAAAGACGAUACCAACAUCAUGGACAAGUGCUUUCAAUGACUCCCUCAAAUUUCUUCCCAAAAAAUCUCAACAAGUUAUCAAUGACUUCAUUCAAUGCCUUGGAGAAACAUCUCAGUCCAACCCUCCAAUUUACACCCCUCAAAACACCUCAUUUCCCCAUGUGUUGUUAUCACUCAUUAAAAACCGCAGAUACUUUACACCUACAACUCCAAAACCUUUGGCUAUUGUAGCACCCACGCAUGAAUCCCAUGUCCAAGCAACCGUCAUUUGCACAAAACGACACGGGUUGCAAAUUAGAAUCCGAAGUGGUGGCCAUGAUUAUGAGGGCUUAUCAUACGUAUCGAAUCUUCCCUUUGUUGUUCUUGACAUGUUCAAUCUUCGAUCCGUUGAUAUGAAUCUUGAAGAUGAGAGUGCUUGGGUUCAAGCUGGGGCUACUAUUGGUGAACUUUACUAUGCAAUUGGACAGAAAAGUAAGGUUCAUGGGUUUGCAGCUGGAUCUUGUCCAAGUGUUGGUAUUGGUGGCCACUUUAGUGGUGGUGGGUAUGGUCCACUUAUGAGAAAAUAUGGUCUUACAGUGGAUAACGUUGAAGAUGCUAAACUAGUGAAUGUGAAUGGUAGAAUCCUUGAUAGAAAUACAAUGGGAGAAGAUCUUUUUUGGGCCAUUAGAGGUGGUGGUGGAGCCAGCUUUGGAGUCAUUCUUUCAUGGAAGAUCAAGUUGAUUCGAGUUCCACCUAAAGUGACCAUGUUCAAUGUGAGAAGGACCUUGGAAGAAGGCGGUACCGAUGUGCUCCAUCGAUGGCAAUACGUUGCACCUAAGCUCCCUGAAGACAUCUUCAUUAGAGUAGGUAUACAAGUCAAGAAUAGUAGCCAAGAGGGGAAGAAGACAGUGCAAGUAUUAUUCACUGGUCAGUUUUUGGGACAAAGUGACAAGCUUGUUCCAUUGGUAAAUAAGCGUUUCCCUGAAUUGGGUUUACAACAAAAAGAUUGCUUUGAAAUGAGUUGGAUAGAAUCCACUGUGUUCAUGGCUGCUUGCCCAAUUGGAACUCCAAUAGAUGUUCUACUUUCUAGGCCAAAGGCGCCAGCAAUCUUCUUCAAGAGCAAGUCUGACUACGUGAAAGAACCAAUUCCAAAACAUGGUUUCAAAUCCAUAUGGAAGAAGCUGAUUAAGAUAGAGAAGGUGUGGAUGCAAUUGAACCCCUACGGUGGAAGGAUGAGUGAGAUUUCUGAAUCAGCAACUCCAUUCCCUCAUAGAGCUGGAAACCUAUAUUCGGUUCAGUACUUUAUAUCUUGGAUGGAAGAAGGGAUUAAGACCACCAAUCACUAUAUUAAAUUGUCGAGAAAAUUGUAUACAAGUAUGGCUCCUUUUGUCUCCAAGAACCCAAGAGAGGCCUUGCAAAACUAUAGGGACCUAGACAUUGGUACCAACCUGCGCAACCACACAAACUUUCACAAGGCUAGACUUUAUGGAAGGAAGUAUUUUAAAUAUAACUUUGAUAGAUUGGUACAAGUAAAAACAAUGGUUGAUCCUCAGGAUUUUUUCAAGCAUGAACAAAGUAUUCCACCACUUUAG